CGCCUGCUCGGAUUGCGUGUUCGUAUGUGUUUUUAUCCCACGGGGAAAACGUCAGAAGGAAGCUCCACAAUCAUUUAUAGAUAACAGAAGAAGCCAACCAAAGCAGUACACAUGGAUUGGCGGAGUGAGCUGAUAAGGAGUCUUGAAGAUAGAGACAGGAGGGAAAAGGUGGAUGGCGAGUUCUACGCAGCGUUUGAUGUAGUUCUACAGAGGCUCAACAAAUCGGAGAUGACGGUGAGGACGCUCACCGUGACAGAUGCCCAUAGAGAACACCAGAGGCUGCUAGAUGAGAAUGGUGCGUACGAACAGGAUCUCGCAGAACAGAAGUCCAAGGUCCAGGCUCUUGAGGAUAAUGUAUCGAUGUUACAGCGGAGAGUUAGGAACUUGGCCAAUGAGAAGGAGAAGCUGAACGCGGUGGUGACGAAGCUCACGGAUAAGCUGAACUCUCAAACUGAGGAGUACCAUCAUAAGAACAAAUCCAUCGAAGUCUUGAACGACGAGUUCUUAUCCAUGCAGAUACAAAACAACCUAUUGCACGAUCGGUUAGCCACAUUGGAGAAGGAGAACGACCAACUGGUCCAGAGGUGGCUGGCCAAAGCCCAGGAGGAUGCGGACAGGAUAAAUGCUAUGCUGGAGGGAUGAUCUACGCUGAAAGUAAGUGUUGUAAUGAGGGCGAUGGUGUCUGUUUAAGUAGUAUUUAUUACCAUGCUUUGCAUACAAGGGCAGUAUCACGUCUUGAAGCUUUGUCUCAUUGAAAAUACGCCAAUUUCAGUGAGACUGUUAUAGUAUCGAACCAGCAUGUUCUACACACUACAUCUCCCCACCACAUCUUCCCACUGCGGACUAACGGUGUAGUCGUAUGAGCUCACCGUUGAAUGGCCCUCUGAUUA